AUGAAGCGACGUGGGCCAUCGUCUUUGUCGUCAACGUCUUCGCCGCGCCGCAGCAAGCUCGAGGCCUUCCGCGCGACGCAGCUGGUGCUGUGGCGCCGCCGCUACUUCGAGGGUAUUCUGCGCUGGGAGGCGGCGCUGCGGCUGCUGUUCGUGGCGCUCCCCAAGCUCGUGUUCAAGCGCUUCGAGGGCGCGCGCACGCUCGUGGCCUUCUUCUUCGUCUACGUGAUGCUGCAGGCGCUGGCCAUCCUCUGGGGGUUCCUCUUCAACGUGGGCGCCGUGCUGGGCGAGAACAUGAGCACCAUCGUCACCAUGCCCUUCGCGCAGGCGCUGUGCGUGCUCGUGGUCUACGUGUCGGUCAUGGGCAUCGUGCUGUCCUUCGGCCGCGCGACGUGGAUCCUCACGUGGCAGUCGCUGCAGAACUUCCCGCUCAUCCGCCGCAUCAUCGCGUGCGAGUGCCGCCCGCAGGCCGUCAUCCUCACGGUGGCCAUGCCCAUGCUCAUCAUCCUGCCGAGCCUCAUCGUCGUGCCGUCGCACUGCAACAGCGCGGCGCUGCAGGAGUCGUCCUCGCUGGUGCAGGUCAUGUGCGAGGAGUCGUACCUCAAGCUGCUGACCGACAGACACCCCGUGUUCCAGCGCGCGUUGCGCAUCUCGACUGCGAUCGCCAUCUGCCAGUUCAUCCAGCUCUGUCUCGAGAUCCUGCCGCGGUGGCGCUCGGCGCUGGCUGGACUCAGCACGUUCAAGACGUUCCUGCUGGGCGGCUGGCUGCUCGGCAUGAACUUCGUGGGCGGACUCUGGACGGUCGAGUGGAGCGCGAGACACUUCAGCCUCAAGAUCACGCCGCUGAGCGACCUGACCGACUACCAGUGGGAGGUCUUCGGCAUGACGCUGCUCGUGGGGUGGAUCCUGUGGUUCCUGGCCAUCUCGUGCUUCACGCUGCCCAAUGUCAGCGAGUGCGACUCGAACAAAAAGGCGCUAUCCGGCUUCUUCGAGCGGCUCAAGUUCACGUUCGUCAUCGGCCAGGGCAUUGUUUUCUUCCGCGCGUGUGUGCAUCCGAGCAUGGGAUUCGUGCACGCUCAGCUGGAGCUUACGAUUAUCAACUUGCUGCUGCCGUCGAUCUACGUGGUGUCGCUCAUUUGUCUGCGCAUGGUGAGCCUCUUGAGCGUGCGCGCAGUGCUCAUCGACGGCCCGUUAGCACUUGGCUUGGCUGGUGUCAUCUUCGUCGGCUCCAAGAUGACGGAGAAACCGCACGUCUUCGUCGUGGUGGGUCUGUUCUUGUUCGACCGCUUUUUGAGGUCGGAGGCUGCUUCGUCCUUGAGCGAAAUGGGCCAAACUCUCCAGCAAAUGCUCCAGGAAACCUCGACGGACAAAAAACACCCGCUUCUGGGGCACCGUACGGCGAAGAAGUUCGUCUACCUCGCAGUUGCCAUCUUGCUGUUAUUCGUCGGAGCUCUGUCGGGGUUCAGCAUCCUUUCGGUGGUUCAGAAGAGCGCCAAGUGGUUCCCGGACGCGACGUCGGUGGAGUACGAAGACAACUCGAUCCACAUUCACCACACGGGCGUUGUCAAGCUGCACCUCGGACUCGCGAACGAGACCAACCCUGCGAUAACGGUGGACGACCCCCUCUACGCGAGCUGCUCGAACCGCUGGAAUGGACUCAGCCUCAUCGACUUGGCUUUCUUCGCUGAGGCUGCCUACUUUGACCCGUUGUCGAACGACACGGCUGAGUUCAUUUCGACCAUUUUCGACAACGAGCUCGGCGACAUCCACGUCCACUUGCCCGCGUUGAACACCAAGACCGGAUCCAAGCUCGACUUCUUCGAGGCGCACAUCCCGAAGCUCAACACCAGCGUCAUUUCAGUGCGCGGCACGGAUAUCUGGCGGUUCACGGACUUUGUGGAGGACGUAAAGAUGUUCUUCGAGCCUGUGGUGUUCUCGGUGCUGUCGUCCAUCUUCCCGACGAUCCGCAUUUGGCCAGACGUCACGUUCUCCACUCUGAUCGAGCUGUACAGCGAGAUGAUUGGGCUGUUUGGCUUGCAGCACGAGUCGUGGUACUACCACGAGUUGCUGGACUACGUCACGUCGCUCAAUGACCGGAAAGUGGUGCUCACAGGUCACUCAAUGGGCGGCGGCAUUGCGCGACUGGUGGGAUCCAUCGUCGGCACAACGUCGGUGACCUUCUCGCCGCCGGGAUUCGUACAGAGCUACAGCAAGUUGGUGCAUCACAUUGGAGGAACGUCGAUGAAGGUCGACCGAGCAAGUCUGCACCACCGAAGCUUCGCGGUUGUACCCGAGUACGACCCGAUUACGAUGAUUGACGCCCAGGCUGGAAUGACUCAGAAGAUCUCGUGUGAUACCCCGCACCUGUCGAUGCAGUUGUCCUGCCACAUGCUCGAAGGAACGCUCUGCAACUUGGUGGAGCACUGCGGCUCUGCCCGCCGCCGAAUCUCGUCAUGCCUGUUCGAGCACAACAUCGCCGGAGCCACCGAAGACAUGCUCCCCAGAGUGCUUGCCACCAUCUCCAAGCCCGAGAUUUACGUUUCGUUCUUGGUAACUGUCUCGAUCGCGCUGUCCAUGCUGCUCCGUCGGCGCCACCGCAAGAUGCGCACGCCGUUGCCGUCGCCAUCUCAUCGCAGCAGAAAGAAAAGCCGAUCGCCUGGACGUUUCCCACACAGCUCCAGCGGAAACCUUCGGCCGCCUCAUCCGUCACUGUACGUUCGACGCAACUCCAUUAUUUAG